AGAAUAGGUACGAAAUGUAGGUAAAUUCCGGCAGAAUCACCUCGGCUAGUGAUAAAUGACAUAGCCCUCCCGAGCUAGCCGUUAAACUAGAUUCUGCUAGUGGCUCCCGAUAAGCUCCACCUACAGGGUCUCUAUCUAUCGAUAAACCAAUUUAUCGUACCUACCUAGGUAAUCAGUAAGUAGAUAAGUAUGGUACAGAGCUGUCAGAGAGCCGAGUUUGUAUGGAAGAACCAUCCUCACAAUAUCAUCGAGACCUCAACGGCAUUUAUCUAGAGAAGCGGUGCCAGUUGAGGCCGCCCUCCGAAAUCCCCGAUCCUCCCUCGCGACAUAUCGCACUCGAACCCCAAUAUGGCAGAUCCACUGCUAACCUCGCUCUGUACCAUUUGUCGCAUCCAGCCACCGAAGUACAAAUGUCCACGAUGUACAGCGAGGACUUGCUCGUUAUCUUGUGUCAAGAAACACAAGACGUGGUCCUCGUGUAAUGGUGAACGGGAUCCUACCACCUUCGUUCCUAUCAAUAAGCUCAAGACCGACGCUGGAAUUGACCAUGAUUACAACUUCCUUACUAGCAUUGAAAGAUCUGUGGAACGCGCUGAGCGUAUACUACGAGGGGAUAGAAACAUAUUACCCCAAGAGACUUCUCAACCACCCCCACACAAAAAGGCACGCUUCAACAAGGGUCAAAGCCGUGGCAGAACUACCGUCGAUGAGGGAUCCCGGAAUUGGGACAGAAAUGUGAUACACAGGAUGCGUGACCUUCGAAUACAUGUGUCCUCAGUACCCUAUGGCAUGACACGCUCCAAGGAAAACCAAACUAGCUGGAAUAGAAGGACUAAAACGAUCAAUUGGCAAGUGGAAUGGCUAUUCUUCGACAAUACUCAAUCAUCACCCAAACGCAUUUUACAUAAGACCCUGGAUGAGACGGCGCUUCACAUUGCCUUCGCUGACGCAUUGGAACAUGACCGGCAACGACGCCUGACCGAUAAUGAGAGAGCUGAAGAGAAAAAGCUCCGAAAACAGCUAUUGUUUGGACAAAGACCACAAGAUACAAUGGGCACGUGGCAAGCCUCAUCAUACCCAGUGCAGAAUCAAACCGACAGCUCUUGGCGCAACUCAACAGAUAUAGACAUUACCCAUGCAUCAAAGAGCAAGUAUCGCUUCUUGCUACUUCGGCCAAGGAAUCAACCCAAGGCACCUCGAAGACUAGUACCCCUCAAUUCAUCAGGAUGUCUUGCCAGUCUUCUUCCUGGCCAGGAAAUUGUUGAAUUUCCGACAAUCUAUGUAUCGCCGGCGAGUACUAGCACUUUAGGUGAAGGAUAUAUAAUAGAGGAAAGACGUCAGAAGGACCUCCAAAAGAAACGGAAGGCUUCGACACUCAUUGAUUACGAGUCGGAUAUGGAAUCGUCUGGAGGGGAGGACGGCCAGAUCAACGAGCACAAUGUUGGUGAAGUAGAUAGUUCGGAUGAUUCUACUAGUAGCUCUGGAUCCGACACGGACAUGUCUGACUAAUCUUAAUAAUUAUACAUAUAAAGUGCUGAGCUAUGGCUGAUCAGUUUAAUUGUCGAAUACCUUAAUUGACCUCAUAGUUUCGACUGAGGCAGGCUGUAGUGAAAUAGUGCUAGUUAGCAAUUGCAACAUCAUCUUCAUUACCAUAACUCAAAGCACAUUUUAGGCACACAUUCAAACUGGUACCUGUGUCCGUAGCGAGUUAGCUUGAUACGCAUACUUGACUAUCUCCAUACAUAGUACGUGGGCUUACAGGUAAAGACAUACCUACGAUAGUUAUAAAGUACCUACCUACCUAUUACUACCC